AUGAAAAAAAAUAUAUUGUUAUUUGGAUUAGCGUUUGCUGGAGGGUUUACAUAUUAAAGAUAUUAUCCAUAUAUAAAGGCUUUCAUUAACGAUAAAAGUUAAAAAAAUGAUGAUCACAGCUUUAAAUCAAUGUUAGAAGAAGGUAACUACACACAACCAAAAGUCAUUGAUAUUAUGCACUCUUCUCCAGAUAAGCAUUUCCUUCAUAAUUUUAUAGCAUAACAUAAUGAAGCUCUGAAUGUGUUUAAAAUAUAUUAUCCAGACAAAUUAGAAUAAAAAAUAUAUAGUGACAAUCUAGAAUCUGAAGAUAAAAUUCAUUUACACUUUGUGUUUAAUGCUGCCGAUCAUCUUUAAGGACAUAGUUCUAUAGUUCAUGGAGGAUUAUUGGCAACAUUAAUAGAUAAUGCUUUUGGAUAAUUAAGUUAUUUGGCAAGUGGAUAAAUCCCUACAGCAACAGCAAAUUUAAAUAUAAAUUACAGAAAACCUGUAAAAACUAAUUAGGAUUAUAUGAUAACAGCAGAAAUUGAAAAAAUAGAAGGUAGGAAAGUAUUCUUAAAGGCAACUAUCUAUGAUCAAAAUAAAACUAUUUGUACUGAAGCCACUGGGAUGUUUUUGACAGUUAAUUGGGGAGGUUAAAUGUGGAAAAAUGCAUUAGAUAAAAUUAAAGAAAAAACAAAAAUAGAUGAGAAACUAAUUAAAAUAGAUCAUUAAAAAAAAGAGUGA